CAUCACUGCCCACAUGUCUUGAUCAGAAAUUAUAUGUUUUCCUAAAGCACAAUCCAAAUUAGCUUUAGAUGAUGAGCACUGUUAGCGGCACAGGGAUGUUAAUCAGCCUGACAACAGUAUCGGUUACGCUAGAUAUCGGGAUACACAAUGGACUGAUGGCCUGGCAUGUUAACAGCAAUGUGACUUCAAAUCAGAGUAUGCCCACAUUGCAACCCACAAAUGCAUCUGAUGAGGAAAGGCCAUCUUACUCAUCACUUGAAAAGAACUGGUAUGCCCUUUUGACUUUGAUCAUCAUUAUAUUAACGAUUGGAGGAAAUAUUCUUGUCAUUAUGGCUGUAUCUUUGGAAAAGAAACUUCAAAAUGCGACCAACUUCUUCCUCAUGUCUCUGGCUGUGGCAGAUAUGCUGGUGGGAAUUUUAGUCAUGCCAGUUUCCCUGAUAACAAUUCUGUAUGAUUACAUCUGGCCUCUGCCACAGAAGCUGUGUCCUGUAUGGAUCUUCCUGGAUGUACUAUUUUCUACUGCAUCUAUCAUGCAUCUUUGUGCAAUCUCUCUUGAUCGGUAUGUAGCAAUACGUAACCCUAUAGAGCACAGCCGUUUCAAUUCCCGAACUAAAGCUUUGAUGAAGAUUGCUGCUGUGUGGACCAUAUCAAUGGGUAUUUCAAUGCCAAUUCCUGUCAUUGGCCUACAGGAUGACUCCAGAGUUUUUGUAAAUGGGAGCUGUGUGUUGAAUGAUGAAAAUUUUGUACUCCUGGGAUCUUUUGUGGCAUUUUUUAUUCCACUCAUCAUAAUGGUAUUUACUUACUGCUUGACCAUUAAGGUUCUUCAAAAACAAGCUACUGUUUUCAUGUAUGAGGAAAUGCCAAAGCAGCGAAAGAACAGCAACAGUGGUACAAAAAAAGACACCAACACAGAAAAUAUUUCAAUGAUCCAAAAUCAUGAGGCAGCUUCUCAUUUAAACUCUCCCGUUAACAAAGAAGCGGCACUGUUUCGAAAGGGGACAAUGCAGUCAAUAAACAACGAGCGUAGGGCUUCAAAAGUCCUUGGCAUAGUCUUCUUCUUAUUUCUAAUCAUGUGGUGCCCAUUUUUCAUCACAAACAUCAUGUCCGUACUUUGUAAAGAAGCCUGUGAUAAAGACCUUAUGGUAGAACUGUUGAAUGUAUUUGUUUGGGUUGGUUAUGUUUCUUCGGGAAUCAACCCACUAGUCUACACACUUUUUAAUAGAACAUACCGAAGAGCUUUUUCCAACUACAUACGAUGCCGAUAUUACAAAAACAACAGGACAAUGAUUCAACAAAACCAAUGCCAUCAUAACCCAGCAUCUACUGCCAUAUAUGGCAAGGACCUUAAUUUAAACCAUUACAGGAAUGGCAAUGAACUUAUUAGCAUGGAAAUAGAUGAGACAGAGGAGGCGAUAGAAAUGCAACCGGGGACUUCAGAAUUAUCAUUAAACAGUUCUAAUGUCGUAAGUGAAAGAGUUAGCUGUGUCUGAAGUAAGGUCCAAUGAACUUUCCCUCUUAGGUCAGUUUCAAAUGUUUGUGUAAAAUAAAAAUAUAUAUUAUAUGUUAUGUCCAAACCAGAAUAAUGAUAAUAAUGUAAAUAUUUGUUCAUAAAGAAAAAAAAACUUUUUUUAAGACCUUUCUGCAGUCCAGUGCUUCAGUCCAAUAAUCCAAGUAAUGAUUCAUUUUCAGAUAGAACAGACAAAAUAGCGAUUAUUUUGGUUUAAUGAGU